AUGGAGGGGUUCCUGCACCACAUGGCGCCGCAGUUCCUGCACCCAGCGCUACAGAGCUUCGGUUGUGGCGCUUUUCGUCCUAUAGGGGGCGCGUUCCACCCUCUUUACCCUGGAAAAGCGUUUGCUAGGCAUCUCGGUGAACAGUACGCGCUUGGUCAGAGCGUUGGACAAGCUUUGAGGAACGUUCGCGAUGAUAGCAGCACGCCGCCUUUGUACCGCCACGCGUACGCCGCGCGAGACGACACGAGCUCGCCGGGCUCCGCCGCGUCCGCUUCGCCUCGACCCUGCAAGGAUGACGACGCACCAUCGGCACCAACAUGCACGGACUCUCACGACUUCUUUUCACCGGACGGUGAGCGCAAAUCUUCAUGUGGCGUCUGUGGAGCGCGGCUGGGCCCAGGUGUCGCUCAGGCGCACUUCUUGCAGGAGCUGCAGCACCUGUAUAGCCUCAGCGCGCUGCCGCGGGAUACUGCCGUGCCACCACAGCACUCGCUGCACCACCAGGACGAAGACGCUCGUUGGGAGACUUAUCAGCGGAUUCGCGCCAACCGCCAGCGUCGGUUGAAGCUGCGCACUCGCAAGCGCCACCAUACAGUUGAAAGCAUGCUUGGGUAUGACUUGGAGGAGGAACGGCGGGAAGAGCGGCCCCGGGAGUCCCGCCCCUACGACGCUGAAGAUGAGCCAGUUGAUGUAGAGGGAGACUCCUUGGGUUGGCCCGAGGCGGCCAUCAACGUUGAUGAAAAAGAGCAACGUGGCGAUGGCGACAAAUUGCACAUGAGCUACGCUGAAGACUUAGAGAUUUCCAGCACAAACGACGCUAUGCAGUCACCAGAACGCGUGAGGAUUGAGACGCCAAAAUCCUUGUCGCUGGAGUCCACGCCAAAAGCAACAGAGAGCGUGGAGAGGCCUGCGGAGGUGUCCACGACAGAGGCCUGGGGUGGGGCCGGGGCCUCAACGGCUGCUACCGAUGCUUGGCCGGCCUUGGCUGCAGAGGCCUACAUCCAGGCCACACGCCACAAGAUUGACGGCGAGAACCUUCCCUCCUCCACUGACACCCGCAACUAA